AUGUCGAUAUUUCUCCUUCUUUUUGGCAUUUUUAUAAAGGUAACUUGAUUUCUUUUUUUUUAGAAGUUUUCAAGAUAGACAAAGUUGGAAAGGGUAGAAAAAGGCUCCACAUAAAUGUUCUUUUUUGCUGGCUUUUUGCGCCGUUUUAUCGGCUCUUAUGUACCUUUUUUCCACGUUUUCUUGAGCCUUUGAAAUGCGAGAAAAAUGGAAGACAAAGGGGCUAUUUUUGUUGCCUUUCUACAGCCUUUUUUGAGCCUCUCCCUUUUAGCGGUCAUUAUCCACCUUCCCGACUAUCCCCAUAACAAGCGAAAAAUCCAUUUCAGGCCUUGGAAUGCAGCAAAGAGUGCGAAUUAUCACUACAGACGAUCCCUGGAUUCAAUCCCUAUACUCAACACGAUUCCGAUGGAAAAGCCUGUCGAGGAACUAUUGAAUUGCCCCUUUGCCGUGGAUACUGCAAGACUUCUGAGGUUUCAUUGGAAAUUAGUGUUUUUCGUUCAAAAACCAGUAUUUUCUAUACAAGACUUCAAAAUCGUUCUUUUUCACGAUUUCGGCUUUAGAGUUCCAGUUGACUUCUUUGAUUUUAAAAAUAGUAAUUUCGUGGCUCGCUCAAGGCUUAAAAAAUUGAAAAAAAAAUUUGCUUCAUAUUAAAUAAAUAAAUUUCAGAGUGGAACUCACACAUUCCCCCCACGACAACAGAACAGCUCUGCAUGCGUUUUGGUCGAAACUUCAAAAAGAGUUAUAGUCAAUGUUUCCCGACUUGAAAGGUGAUAUGGGCUGGUUGGCAAGGGCGAGGUGUUGCGUGUGCGACGCGGCUAUUUGGCGGCGAGCCAAAAAUUCAAAUGUGGGAGACAAUUUGGAGAGUUCGGUCACCGCUUUUUUAUUUCCUUUUUACUUUUUCUUAUUCAGUUCUAAUGGAGUUUUUUUCGAUUUUUAUUUAUUUUUCUCAAUGUAAUAUUGUAAGCGAACACCUUUUCUGUGUUUUGCAUAGAAAGUUUCUCGAAAGUGCAGCGAAUCGUGAAGCGUUUUCGGAAAACUUUUCACUGGUUUUUGUUUCUUUCGUAUUUGCUAAACUUCUCAGUUUUCUUCUCAACUCAAACCUCUAAAAUCUUUAUAAUUUUUCUAUUAUGAUUGAUUGCAGAUCGUAAGAAGAGAAAAAUUCGUGAGAAGCUAUGGUGUUUGAAAGAAAACACUUCGUUGAUGGCAAACAGGUUUGUUUCAAUUUUUUGAAAUUUCUCAUUGUCAUUUUUCAGCAAUUUUUUUUUGUUUUAGUUUUUUUUAAGUCCAAUAAACUCUAAAGCUCAUCGCUGGCCUCGUCGGGCGAGAAAUUCCAUUGGAAAAGGCCUCGUCAGAAGAAGGAGACACGUUGAUGAACAUCGGUCGCCGUUAGAAGAAAAAUUUUUUUAUUCAAUCUAUUUUUGGUUAGGCUAUUUUUAUUGACGUAUCAUAUUAUCCGUGUAGAUUCGUUGUUCAUCCAACACUGGGUUCAACCAUUGUCCACUUCAGCGGCAUCAAAACGCUGUUUCCGGGAUUUCAUUCAUUCUUAAUUACUCUUCGUUGCCGGCGACUAACUCUUCGAUUAUACCAUGGUUCAGCAGAGAUUUUUCUUCAUCUUACUCUGAAGACUGAAUAAAUUGAAUUGAAAUUGAACUCUCCGUUUCCGUCUAUUUAUUCUCGUUAGAACAAUUUCAAGAACGUUUUAAACAAGUUUAUUGGAAGGAAAAACGAAAGAACAGGUUAGCAAAACUUUGGGUGGUUGCUGAUGCAGACAGUACAAAAGAGAGAAUUCAUGAUGUUACCUGAAAAUUAAUAUUUAUUACAUGAAGAAAAAAUUAGUGCUUGGUUUUUAACCCGAAAAAGUGCAUGUCCGUUAAUGUAAAAUUUUUUGGCGAACAAUAUAUUCACGAACUUUUUCAAGAAAAUCUAAGUAUUCAUUGAAAGAAUAGUUAAACCAAGGAACAGAAAGAGAACAGAAACAAGAACUCACAAACCUUGGUAAUCGUUCGUAACUCGUUAUUUUCUUUCUCAUUUCCGUAAAAUCUCUGCAGAAAUCCUGAAUAAAAACCUUUUUAAAAAUUGUUAUUGAUUCGAUAAAAUACUUCGCAACACUCCGCGAAUGGUUACUUCUAAAGGUUUUCACUGCAUGCAAGAAAAAAAUAUGAAUGAAUUUGAGAAAAAAAAACCAUGACCUUUAUUGAAAAUCGACUCUUCGUGAAACUCGGUGUGAAACCCUCGACUUCUGAGUUUUUGAAAUUCUUCAAUCGUAUUUUGCUUGGUCUGAAAAGCAUCAUCAAUGAAUAAAUACAGUAAAUUUUUCACAGCACAGAAUGCACAAGUAAAAAAAAUCAUAUUCCGCGACAAAUCAAUGAGCAACGAUCAACUUGAAUAAACAUUUGUUUGUGCGAAAAAAUAUUAUUAUAGGUUCAAAUAAAGUUCCAAUAAAAUCCACUGAAGCAAAUAAUUAGCGAAAACAUUAUAAAAACAGAAUAAGAAAAAGAAAAAAGGAAAUAAAAAAGCGGUGGCCGAACUCUCCAAAUUGUCUCCCACAUUUGAAUUUUGGCUCGCCGCCAAAUAGCCGCGUCGCACACGCAACACCUCGCCCUUGCCAACCAGCCCAUAUCACCUUUCAAGUCGGGAAACAUUGACUAUAGUUUUUUUGAUUUUUUACUUGAGCAAAGUCAGAAAAUAAAAGGAAGAGGCUCAGAAAAAGAUUGCAAAAAGGCUCGAGAAAUGAUGGAAAAAGGGAGAGGCAGCAAAAAUGGUGCAUAAAAUCCGAUGAAAUGGCGCAAAAGGCCGGAAAAAAGGAGCCUUUGUCACUCUAAAAAUUAAAUUCUUAUGGAGAAUCUUUUCACCUUUUCCGACUUAUGUAAAUUUAUUCAUGCUUUUAGAACUAAAAAAGGACUUGGCCUGAGAAUUUAAGACCUGCUUUUGUUGACUACGCCUGACAAGCAUAAAACUUCUACCUCUGAAUUUUUUUAAAUUUUCAAAAAAAUUGAAGGAAUUUCGAUAGUUUUCUCUUUAUAAGCAUUUUUUUGUCGCUUGGAAACGGGUAUAAUAUUUUCGAACAAAAACUUUAAAUUUUUUUCCCAGUUAAAGACUCCAAGGAAAUUGGUUAAUGUUACUGUGGCCAUGGCCUUUAUAUCGAUGAUUUUUUAAGAGUUCUUGGUAUUUCUAAUCGUCACAAAAAAUUUUUUUUUGAAAAAUGAGAAUUUUAAUUUAGUCUCGCCCUACAUCUUCGAACUUACAUUUAUUAUAAAACUUUUCACUUUUUGAAGUGAGGAAUUUUUUUUGGCAUUGAAUUCUGUCUUUAAAGACGCAGAAGUACCUCCUUACAAGGAAGGUAAUUUCAACCAAUAGUUUUAAAAUUCCUGAAAAUUGGCCAGAACAUGUACCAGAAAUUGAUCCUGUAAGUCUCACCCUUGCCAAACUUCUUAGCCUUGAAAAAGGACACUUCAAAGUCAAAAAAAAAAACCGUUAAAAUAAGCUCAUUUUGAGCUUUGAGCCCUAAUUUCUCGAAAACUAGGAAGUUGUGCAAGUGGAGACUUUCGGUAUCUUUAUUUGGUACAUCCAGGAAUGUUCUGGCUCCAAUUUUUAGGAUAAUCCUACCUUCCUUGUAAGAUUUCCAGCUUUAUAUUCCUAUAUUAUCAAGAAAAAAAAUUGUAUACAGUUGUUUUUGGCUCUACCCGUUCCAAAACUGUCUAUAGGCCAUACCGUGCCAGCUUUUCACGUUUUUCUUUCCGCCAAAAGAUCUUUGUUUCUUGCCGUUUUAAAAGCCACGGAAUAGGCUACAAUACUCAGUAUAUAGUUGAGCAAGCAAUGGCAAAAUGAACUCAAAGCUUCAGUGAACCAUAAAAAUGUGCAAUAAGAUGUACAAUUUCACAUUUUCGUCAUAACUUUUCUAGGAAUCGUCCAAUUAUCGUCAAACUUUUCACAGUUGUUUCAUAUGCGUCCAGUUUGUUAUCCCAGUAAAAUUAGCGCAAUAGCUCACUUUUCAGGUACAGCCUGGAACAUAAAAUCGACAAUCGAUCCAUUCCAAUAACUGUUUUCUAGCGUGAAUGGACCAAAAACAACUUUGAAAUUGGUUUCGGAGAUAUUGUCGAUUUCAUGUUCCAGGCUGUAACUUACUAGAAAAGUGAGCUUUUGCAUUAAUUUCACUGGGAUGACAAAUUGGACCCAUAGGAAACAGCUGUAGAAAGUUUGAGGAUAAUUGAAAUUCCUAGAAAAGUUAUGACGAAAAUGUGAAAUUGUACAUCUUACUGCACGAUACUGUAAAUAUAAAUAAAAUUCCAGAAAGUAGAGCUGAAAGACUGUGACGAAGGCGCAGCGGACGCGGCGCGGUUCGUCGAAAUUCCGCACGGGACCGUCUGCGAAUGUAAAAGUCUGCCGCUGGACACCACCCAACCGCCCGUUUGA